AGGUGGAGGCGGGGCCGCUGGCCCUGGCGCUGCGUGCCGCCGCGGCUGUGCGGGCCCUGCGGGCUGCGCUAGCAGGUCUACGACGCCGAGCGGUACCUCUCAGCCGCCCUCGAGGGCUGUGACGGAGAUGCCUACAUAGAAGAGUGACAGCAGCUGGACCAAGUGUUUCACUGCUGAACUGGCUCCUCAGGUAUCCUGGCUCUGGCAAUUGCUAUGGGAGAUUGGAUGACUGUUACUGAUCCAGGUCUGACUUCAGAAAGCAAAAAUAUCUCUCAGUAUACCUCAGAAACAAAGAUGUCUCCAUCAAGUUUAUACUCACAGCAAGUGCUAUGUUCUUCAAUACCUUUAUCAAAAAACGUGCACAGUUUUUUUAGUGCCUUCUGCACAGAAGAGAAUAUUGAACAAAGUAUUUCAUAUCUUGAUCAGGAAUUGACUACUUUUGGAUUUCCUUCACUGUAUGAAGAAUCCCAAGGUAAAGAGACAAAGAGAAAAUUAAAUGUAGUUGCUGUUUUAAAUUGUAUGAAUGAGCUGCUUGUACUUCAGCGGAAGAACCUUCUAGCUCAGGAAAAUGUGGAAACACAGAAUCUGAAACUGGGAAGCGACAUGGACCAUCUGCAGAACUGCUAUGCAAAACUGAAGGAACAACUGGAAACCUCCAGGAGAGAAGUGAUUGGGCUUCAGGAAAGAGAUAGACAGUUACAGUGCAAGAAUAGGAAUUUGCAUCAGCUACUGAAAAAUGAGAAAGACGAGGUGCAAAAAUUACAAAAUAUCAUUGCAAGUCGAGCUACUCAAUAUAAUCAUGACAUGAAGAGAAAAGAGCGUGAAUAUAAUAAACUAAAGGAACGUCUACAUCAACUUGUUAUGAACAAGAAGGAUAAAAAAAUAGCUAUGGAAGUUUUAAAUUAUGUGGGGCGAGCGGAUGGGAAAAGAGGCUCCUGGAGGACGGGUAAAACUGAAGCCAGUUUCUUUCUCAGGAAUGAAGAUGAAAUGUAUAAAAUUCUCUUGAAUGAUUAUGAAUAUCGUCAGAAACAAAUCCUAAUGGAAAAUGCUGAACUUAAGAAGGUUCUUCAGCAAAUGAAAAAGGAAAUGAUUUCUCUUCUUUCUCCCCAAAAGCAGAAACCUAGAGAAAGAGCAGAUGAUAGUACAGGAACUGUUAUUUCUGAUGUUGAAGAAGAUGGUGGGGAACUGAGCAGAGAGAAUAUAUGGGACCUUUCCUGUGAAACUGUGAGAGAGCAGCUUACAAACAGCAUCAGAAAACAGUGGAGAAUUUUGAAAAGUCAUGUAGAAAAACUUGAUAACCAGGUUUCCAAGGUACACCUAGAAGGUUUUAAUGAUGAAGAUGUAAUCUCACGACAAGACCAUGAGCAAGAAACUGAAAAACUCGAGUUAGAAAUUCAGCAGUGUAAAGAGAUGAUUAAAACUCAGCAGCAGCUUUUACAGCAGCAGCUGGCUACCGCCUGUGAUGAUGACACUACUUCACUGCUACGAGACUGCUACUUGUUGGAAGAAAAGGAGCGCCUCAAAGAAGAAUGGUCCCUGUUUAAAGAGCAAAAAAAGAAUUUUGAGAAAGAAAGACGAAGCUUUACAGAAGCAGCUAUUCGCCUAGGAUUGGAGCGAAAGGCAUUUGAAGAAGAAAGAGCCAGUUGGUUAAAGCAGCAGUUUUUAAACAUGACUACCUUUGACCACCAGAACUCGGAAAAUGUGAAGCUUUUCAGUGCCUUCUCCGGAAGUCCUGAUCGGGACAACCCUGUAGUGCACUCAAGGCCACGGCAAAAGAAGCCUCACAGUGUGUCUAGCGGGUCUCCAGUUUGCACAUCUAAACUUGCUAAAUCUCUUCCUGCUUCCCCUUCUACUUCAGACUUUUGCCAGACACGUUCCUGUGCAUCUGAACAUAGCAGUUCAGUCAGUGUACUAAACAUAACCCCUGAAGAAACCAAACCAAAUCAGGUUGGAAGAGAAUGUACCAAUCAGAAGUGGAACCCGGCAUCAAGACCUGGAUCCCAGGAAGGUCGCUCCAGCGGAUGCUCGGCGACCUUCACAAAUUCUCACAUAGAGAAGGAUGGCUUACCUUAGACCUGUGAACUGGGCUUUUUUUUUUUUUUUUUUUUUUUUUUUCUUUUUCUUUUUCUAUUUACAUGUUCAUCACAUUUCACCUCUGAGUUGAAACAGGGUGUGUCAUAAAGUCAGUUGUCUCUAAUAAUUUAAGAUGGCCUGUGUUUGUUUGGACUUCCCUGUUCCUCCCCCAAAGAGCUAAAAUGAUAAAUCUAUUUAAAAGUAUAUAAAAGCUUUGGAUAUGUAUUUUUAGUAACAGAAGCAUCUGGUUCUGUCAAUAAAGGAAUGUAUAGAUGUUUGGAUGGAAACAAAGCACUAGAAUGAGUUUCCUCCUAUAGGUAUAAAAAUAGCACUUUUAGGAAACUGAUUAUUGUAAAUGUUUAAUUUUGUGUCAUAUAUAGUUGGCAUUGGAAGUUUAGCCUUUACUUGAAUGUAUACUGUAGAUUUUUAACAAAGCAAGUUCUAUAUUUAUUAUGUUUAGUGUGAUUUGAAAUUCCCUCUUUGAUAUGUUUUAAAUAAAGUGAAAUUUAUGUAUGUUUUGUAUAUAGAUACACAUGAUUAUGCUAAGAGGCUUUAAGAUUUAAAGAUUUUAUACAUCCAUAAUUAUAGUAUUUCAUGCCAAUAAAAUUUUUAUUAGCGAUAUCUGUUUACAGAUGUAUUAGAGCCAUGGCCACAUUAUGUUUAAGAAUUUUUUGAACCCAUCUGAGCAAUAAAUACUCAAAAGUUAUUCCAUGAAGCCAAGUUCUUUAGAUAAUUAACAUUACUAACAUUACAUUUUUGAGAUUUCUAUAGCAUUAGAUUUUUUAUUAUUGUAGGAUAUUAUGAUUUUUCAAAGCACUGUUGGUUUUUGGGUGGGAGAAGUAAGACAACAAGAGUAGCUUGGGAUAAAACAAUUUGAGAAUAUUAGUUUACAAUAUAUGGAUGGGAGUUCCCAUCGUGGCGCAGUGGUUAACGAAUCCGACUAGGAACCAUGAGGUUGCGGGUUCGGUCCCUGCCCUUGCUCAGUGGGUUAACAAUCUGGCGUUGCUGUGAGCUGUGGUGUAGGUUGCAGACGUGGCUCGGAUCCCGCGUUGCUGUGGCUCUGGCGUAGGCCGGCGGCUAUGGUUCUGAUUGGACCCCUAGCCUGGGAACCUCCAUAUGCCGCGGGAGCGGCCCAAGAAAUGGCAAAAAGACAAAAAGACAAAAAAAAAAAACAAAUACAAUAUAUGGAUGAUAAAAGAUAUUAAGAUAUUUAAGAUGCUUGGAUGGUGAUAUUUUCUUUACCAGAUGGGUACCUAUACCAUAAUACCUGUACCAGCAAAGGCUUUGUAUAGUUACCAGUCAUUCUUUAAUAAUUUUUCAAUAAGAUAUUUGCUGGUAAGAAAAUCUGACAAUGUAGAAGUGUCAGAUUUUAUAAUCCCGAUAUUAUGAUACUCUGGACAAACUUGUGGCAUUUCAUUUUCAGGCCCGAUUGCAUGUUUCUUCAUGGAUGUUAUUGUUAUUGACAAUAAGAUAAUCAUUGUAGGCCCAGGUGCUUUCCCUGGAUUCUCAUCAGAAAGCUUUAAGUACCUAAUCCUAUUUGUCUCUGCAUAUAGAAACCUACACAUAUGCAGCCCCUGCUGUAGGGAUUGUAGUUUAGGCCCAUCUACCUUCCCAUUUUCUAUCAGCUCAGCCGUUUGUGUUCCCUCACCUGGCUGUAGCUGUUCCAUUUAAAUGUGUCAUGCUAAAAAGUGUUUUUGUCAUCCACCCACUAUGUAUAACUCUUUGGAGCUGUGUGGCAGCAGCCAUUUUUUUCAGGGCUGGUAGCAUAUUGAGUAUCUUAUAAGACAUUAGUGAAACUACUCAUGAGAAAGUGCCACAUUUAUAGUCUCAAAAAGCUGGCUCUUGAGCAAAUUAGAGCUCAAGACACACUCAGCUUGGUGCACGGCACUUCAUAACUAUUUAAAAUAUUAGAAAUGAUGCAGAAUUUCAGAGAUAGUACCAUAUUCAAAGGAAGAAACAGCUGGAAUAUUCUUUUGCUAUUGAGCAAUAAUGUGGUCAAAGAAAAAGAAUCAAACUUUCUAAAAUAGUCAGUGAUACAUUUGUCAAGAAUUGGGUGGUCUUCCCUGCCCAGGGGUUUCCAUAAUGUACUUUGCUAGAAACAAGGGUUCUAAUUUUUAAAGUAAAUUUCAAAUUUUAGGGAAUGUUGUAUUCUGUGAUGAUGAAUUUCUACAAAGCAGCUUCUGUUUUUUGUUUUUCCAUUUUAAAGUUAAGUUGAAUUCUCAGAAAAAUCCCUCGAAGACUUAACUUUGAAAUCUAAGCUGUGAAAGAAACAGUAAAAUCAAAGUCGUGUUCACUGUACUUUGGAUAAAGGUGUGCAUGGAUCGGCCAGAAGUUGUAUGUUUUACUUAACAGUGUCAAGUUGCUCAACAUUCCAGUUCCAGUGAUGGUUCCUAGUCACGCUAAACUUCCCAGAAUGUUGAAAUGGUUUCCAUGUUGGAUAACUCCUGGUCCCACACAUGAAAUGCCUAGGAUUUUAUUUCCCUUCUCUUUCUAGGUGUUUGCCCUGUGCUCAUGCAGAUGUGCUGCCGUCUUGCACGUAGCCAUGAGGAGAUGAGAGCAACAUGUUCGCUUUAGCUUGAAAGUCCUCCUGAUCAUCUGAAAUGUCUGUGUAUCAAGAGGCAAAUCUGAAAUAUCUUGUGCCUUAUUUGUUUUUACCGGACAUACCUGUUUUGAAUUUUCAAAGCGUAAAAGUGCAAAGAAAAUUUAAUAGAAAAAUUUUAUUUCCUACUCUUAAAUGUUUGUAUCUUCCAUUUAUGAUGAGAAACUUAAUAAAAGAAUAAGCCUACCAGAAAAUUAAGAUUAAAAUUAAAUUGAAUAGGCAUUUUCUUGUAGAAGUACUAAGUGCUUAGAUUCACAAAACAGUCCACGGCAAGUUUUCUUCCUCAUGGAAUAAUUAAAAUACUGUUGUUAUUUAGAGUUCCAUUUUUCCUACUGUUGCUAACCAGACUUGUUCAUAGGCUUGUGGUGACAGCUUUUGUGGGAAAACAUAUUCAAUGGCACGUGGUAAAGAGAAGGGCGCCCUGGAAUCCAUUUUUGACCUGCCGCGGUGACGCAUUUGAAAAAGUCCGGAAUACCAGGAGAGGUCUUGCUGUGUGUACGCCUGGAAUGCCGUGAGCUAGCAAGCCCUUUAUGAGAUGCCCUGUUAUGCCUGUUGUCUGAUGUAAAUCAUGCACUUAUUUCUAGAUUGGAUUUAAAAUAAGUAUGUGUCAUGGAAAUCUAGUAAAUAUGCCUUUUCCUA